AUGAAGUCCCGAAUACGAAUUGAACCGAGUCAGUCGACCGACGACACCUUUGUACAGUACCAGUGUAAACCGCCCGACGAGCAGAUUCGAAACGAGGCUGUAUCUCAGCCUUACGACGUCAUUAAAGCGGCAUCUCCGUUCUCGCCAUGGUGCCUAAGUACUUUUUGCGGUUCGAGUUAUGAUUGGCUCCCCGAAAUUCAUAGUGAGCCCAAAUUUACCAGGCACGAAAGUGAACCCGAAGAUCGAGUUGGGCAGACACUUUCACUUUCGCUCUCCCUGUUAUUUUUCACCCUCCUCUUCACCCCCAGAGUAUUGCUUUUUGUUCACCGGCUGCAACUGGGCGUUUGUUUUGCUCUCUCUAAUGGACCGUUACCGCGGGUAUGUUUUCUAAAUUCUCCGCCUCAAGUUUCUGGCAACCCUCGCAGCAUGACUGACGUUCAAGGUAGUCCGCGGCGAUCGCCUCCCCCAAGGGACAGACCUCACCGCGAGCGAGAUGACCAUCCCAACGUCGAGUAUUUCGGAGAAGGCGAGAGUUAUCGGCCUGGCGGUCCGACGGGCGAGGGACCUUACCGACCGUCCGUCAGAGACCGAAUAGGCGCAGAUUCGUGGUCCGCAGACAGAAGAGAUGGACGGCGAGAUGAACGGCGAGAUGAGCGCAGGGAAGACAUAGAUUCCUACGUCCCUAACACAAGUUCAAGAGUUGCCAGACCCCGAAGUCGUUCGCCUCCUCCUUUUCGAAGAAGAUCACGUUCACGCUCGCCGCCAAAUCGAGGCAGAGAAGACUUGUUUCCAAAUAGAAGAUCCCCGCCACCACGCCGGUACUCUCCACGACGAUCGCCGCCUCCUAGGAGAAGGUCGAGAUCGGCGUACGGUGCGAGACCUCGAACCCCACCAGACACGAAGAGAUAUCGAGAUUACUCUCCUGACUCAUCGAGGAGGUCACCGAAGAGGGAGCGCAGACUGUCACCUGAGAGAAAUCGCUUUGAUCGUCGCUCACCACCCCGACGGGGCUUCUCACCCGACCGAGACUCUGGAAGAGGCGGAGAAAGUUACAGACCUAGAUCCAGAUCACCCCCGCGACGGAGACCUGGUGAUGAUAACUGGAGAAGACGCUCGCCGUCUCCGAGGACGUCUGGACCGGCGUCGAACAACACCUCAAGGCGAUCGUCGCCGCCAGCAGCUCAGCCAGAUCGCGCGAGUGUGGCUGGGUCGGUCCCUAGAUCCCCUGCAUACCCUGCUGCUCGCAGUCAGUACGACCGACAAGAACCUAGUGGUUAUUCGGAACGGGCUGUCGAGCCUCCUAGAACCAGAGAUGCGAGCACAACCAGAGACGAUGGCCGAUCGAAUGGAGAAGCACCUCAACCACCUUCGGGACCUAGUAGCCAUCGAAAUGGUGAGUAUAACAGACCACCGCCCACCGGACCGUCGCGCAGUUUCAGCCAAACUCAACAAUCACCACCCACUGGACCUGCAGCAUCUCUACGCGGAGCCCCUCGUGCUGCUCCCACAGGACCUCGUGGUACCGUUGGUAGAUUCGAGCCACCGCCCCGGGAUUUCACCAGUCCUCCAGCACGGGGACGAGGUAGUAGUCUGACUUAUCGUGGUGGUCCACCUCCAUUCGGACCCAGAGGAAGCAGUUACGGCCGUGGAGACUUUGGAGGUGGCAGUGGCGGUGUCAGCAGCGGUGGUGGCGCUGGUCGAGGAGAUUUCGGCGGUGCCAGCAGUAGUUACCGUGGUGGUUUCGGACGAGGCGAAGCACUUCCCUUCCGUGGAAACAGCAGCACCAGCGCGACUUAUCCCCGAACACAACGAUUUAACACUGUGCAACAACACCUCGCUACGAAUGAAAAGAUUGUACCCGGAGGGAAACUGCUACCUUCCGGACUGCCUCCUGACCAAGAGAAACGGAUCAAGAUGCUCGAAGCCGAAGCGGAGAGAAUGAGGAGUGAGAUUGUCGAAAAGCAGAAAUCGAAACGCGAAGUCUUGGAUGAAUGGGAGAUUCGGGAGCGAGAGAGUGAGAGAGAAUCACUUCGCAGCGAGUUGGCAGACGCCCAUUUGCAGCAAUUGAUGGAGGGUGAAGACGCGUUGGGUCGUGCGGCGUUCUAG